AUGUCAGCGUACCCCGACUGCGGUUCCCCGACUGUGGUACCCCGACUGUGGUUCCCCGACUGUGGUUUCCCGACUGUGGUUCCCCGACUGUGGUUCCUCGACUGUGGUGCUCCGACUGUGGUUCCCCGACUGUGGUUCCCCGACUGUGGUGCUCCGACUGUGGUUCCCCGACUGUGGUACCCCGACUGUGGUUCCCCGACUGUGGUACCCCGACUGUGGUUCCCCGACUGUGGUACCUCGACUGUGGUUCCCCGACUGUGGUUCCCCGACUGUGGUACCCCGACUGUGGUUCCCAGACUGUGGUUCCCCGACUGUGGUUCCCCGACUGUGGUUCCCCGACUGCGGUGCUCCUACUGUGGUUCCCCGACUGUGGUUCCCCGACUGUGGUACCCCGACUGUGGUACCCCGACUGUGGUGCUCCGACUGUGGUUCCCCGACUGUGGUUCCUCGACUGUGGUACCCCGACAGUGGUACCCCGACUGUGGUUCCCCGACUGUGGUGUCCCGCCUGUGGUUCCCCGACUGUGGUACCCCGACUGUGGUUCCCCGACUGUGGUUCCCCGACUGUGGUGUCCCGCCGAUGGUUCCCCGACUGUGGUUCCCCGACUGUGGUACCCAGACAGUGGUACCCCGACUGUGGUUCCCCGACUGUGGUUCCCCGACUGUGGUGUCCCGUCUGUGGUUCCCCGACCGUGGUACCCCGACUUUGGUACCCCGACUGUGGUACCCCGACUGUGGUUCCCCGACUGUGGUGUCCCGCCUGUGGUUCCCCGACCGUGGUACCCCGACUGUGGUUCCCCGACUGUGGUUCCCCGACUGUGGUACCCCGACUGUGGUACCCCGACAGUGGGACCCCGACUGUGGUUCCCCGACUGUGGUUCCCCGACUGUGGUGUUCCGCCUGUGGUUCCCCGACCGUGGUACCCCGACUGUGGUACCCCGACUGUGGUUCGAUGCUUAUACGCAAUAGUUUGCCUCUACCGAAUCCUAGCUGUGAUAUUGCGGACUUCAGGCUGCCACGACGUAGCUGUAAAAUUUACUUACUACAGGCUAUCGUAUAA